AUUCUUCGGAGCCCUUACAGAAGUGUCCACUUUGACUCCAUGCACCUCCAGCAGGCAGCUGCUCACGACCUCAUCUGUGACCAUUCCCUGUUCCCCGGAUGGUAUCGGUUCCUCAUCUUUGACAGACCCGCUGAGAUGCCAACCAAAUGUGUUGAGAUGAACCACUGUGGAACUCAGGCCCCUAUCUGGCUGUCUCUGAGAGAUACAGAAACACUGCCCCCUCCUGGGCAGACUAAGAAUCUGACAGCUUGCGCUACAUGGCAGUUUCUGUUUAGCCCUGGAAAAGACUGCUGUCUCUUUCAAAUCCCGGUGUCUGUGAGAAACUGCGGAAAUUUUUUUGUGUACUUCCUGCAACCCACUCAGGGAUGUAUGGGCUACUGUGCAGAAGCUAUUUCUGAUACAAAAUUACACUCUUGUGGCCCUGAAGAAAUAGAAAUCGGAGGUGACUGUAUUGGUCAGCCUUUGGCCCGACUGCCGCCACCACCUCCUGGAAGGCCAGAGGUUGUGGUGGAAUUGAUUGAGUCCAGGCUUUUCUGUAGAUGUGCAUUUGAUGUUUCCCCAACCAACAACUCGGUGGGAUUUCUUGUAUCUUGGUCUAGGCUUUCUUCUCAAGAAAUCAAAGAAGAGCUAAAACAAGAGACCACAGUUCAGGCAUUCUCUCUUUUAGAACUUGAUGGCAUAAAUCUCAGACUUGGAGACAGGAUAUUCUGUAGUGCUUCUGUCUUUCUCUUGGAGAAACCACAUAUACAAAGUUUAACCAGUGAAAGCAGAGAAUUUUUUGCAGGCAUUAAGUUACAACCCGAAUUGAGCUCUAUAUCAGAAGAUGGGAAAGAACACCAGCUGAGGAUAGAGAGCACAGUUCCUAUUGUUUGUUCUGAGUUUAGUAAAUUUGAUGAGGAAUGCAAAAUCUCAUUAAAACUGAAAACUGUUGAUCAAGGUAAUGAACAUUUUGGCUUAAAUUUGGCCCUGUCUUCCUGUCAUGUGGACCUUCGCCAGACCUCACCCUGUGCCAAUGGAACCUGUAGUUAUGCUUUUGUGAACUACACUGCUGUAUCAGACUUUUCCUCAGAUGGGGACAGAGUCACAGACAUCAUAGUGCAACCGAUAGUUAAUGAGGAUUUCCUGUGGAACGGCUACAUUCCAGACAGCGUCCAGGUCAGAGUUAAGGAUAUCCCAACUGCUUACUGUUACUCAUUUACUGACCCACAUAUAAUAACCUUUGAUGGCAGGAUAUAUGAUAAUUUCAAGACUGGAACAUUUGUGCUUUAUAAGAGUACAUCACGUGAUUUUGAAAUCCAUGUACGUCAGUGGGACUGUGGAAGACUUUACUAUCCUGUGUCCUGUAACUGUGGGUUUGUUGCCAAAGAAGAAGGUGUUUUAGUUACUUUUGAUAUGUGCAGUGGUCACUUACACGCAUCUCAACCGUAUUUAUUUGUGAAAAGUCAAGAUGUAUCCAGCAAUAUCAAGAUAAGUGAAUCCUACUUAGGAAGAAAAGUCACAAUAUGGUUUUCUUCUGGAGCAUUUAUCCGUGCUGACCUCAGUGAAUGGGGCAUGAGUCUAACAGUCAGAGCCCCUAGUUUAGAUUACCAAAACACUUUGGGCCUUUGUGGUACCUUUGAUGAAAACCCAGAAAAUGAUUUCCAUGACAGAAAUGGGAUCAAAAUUGAUCAAAAUUUUAAUAAUUUUUUUGCUUUUAUUAAUGAAUGGAGAAUUUUGCCAGGGAAAAGCAUGUUUGACACAAUGCCGAUUUCUCUGACAUUGCCUACAAAACCAUCCUACUGUAGCUGCUCACUGGAGACUGCCUCAAAGUAUCGAUUUUCUAAUCAUCUGGACAGUGUUUCUCAAUCAGAAACUGUUUCAGGUUGCAAAGACUUCAAACACAUGAGAUUCUCUUCUUUGAUACCAGAACUAGAUGUCACCUCAGAGUAUAUUAAUUCUGAAAUUCUUGUCAAAGGAAUAAGAAAGCAUACAUCUGAAGAAGAAAAUAAUUUGAUUUUCUUACUGCAAGAAAAAAAACAUAUAAACCUAACCAAACUGGACUUAAAUUUACAGCAUCCCAAGAAUGAAAAGCAAAAUGCAUCAAACUAUUUGGACAGUGAGAAGCAAACACAGGACGAGGCUGGCCACAGCCACGAAACAAGGUGGCAUCAACGGAAGAGGUGGAAACGCCAAAACGUUAAGGACUAUCCUCCUUUGUCUGCUUUCCAAAGUCUCAGCCAAACCAACCUUGAAGAGUUUACUUACUUUUUCCCUGAAGACCAUGCUGAAGAUGUCCACCAAGAAUUAGUCCCUUCAUGGCCCACACCCUCUGGUCUUACUGAGCACAGCACCUUGGCUCUCUGUGAGCAGACUCUAGCCAACUCUAGCAUUGGAGAGCUCUGCCUUGCCUUUCUUGGCAAGAGACUAAACAGUGUUAUCGAUAUGUGUGUUAAGGAUGUUCUGUUGAAAGAUGAUAUUAGCUGGGCCAAAGCAAGUUUGGCCCUUUUGGAAAACGAAUGUGAAAGGAGGGUUUUGGAAGAGGGAGCAUAUGACAGAGGAAAAUAUGGCAAGUCAAUUGAAGACAUUCUCCUGGUAUUAAAAUGCCCCAAUUUAUGCAGUGGCCAUGGAGAGUGUAUGGAGUGGGGCUGUGCAUGCUUCCCGGGCUUUAGCUCCUAUGACUGCAGUGAUGUGUACGACAACCCUCCUGCAAUCACAGAGCUUGAGAAUGCUGGCUUCUGUGAUGUUCAAAAAUAUAAUUGUGUGAUGGUGAAAGUUUUUGGUCAAGGUUUCAAAGAAUCACCUUCCAUUACAUGUGAAGUUACUAAACUGAAGUAUAAUGGCAGUCACUGGGUGCAUGGAGAACCCAUCUAUGCAUGGGCAGUUUUUCAAAAUAACAGAACUGUUGCUUGUCAGCUGCCCUCUAGUGUCCAGCAGUCUGACAGCCCAGGUCGGAUAGGUGCGAAGCCAGUUGCAAAGUGGCAAUUAAAGAUAUCUAAUGAUGGUUAUAAAUUCAGUAAUCCCAAAACAAUGAUUAUAUACGAUGGUGCUUGUCAAGACUGUGGUCUCUAUGAAAAUGAUUCAUGUACUGUAAAAGAAAAUAGUUGCCUGAUCAAUGGAGUCUGCUAUUCUGAAGGGGAUAAAAAUGUUACCAAUCCUUGUUUGAUUUGUAGACCCAAAAUCUCAAAAUUUACUUGGUCCUAUUUAGAAAGUAUAAACUGCCAGGAAGAUGUUGAUGAUUGUGAGUCUGAGCCUUGCUUUCCAGGAACAGGUUGCCUCAAUACCUUUGGAUCCUAUCACUGUGGUCCCUGUCCAAAAGGAUUUCAUGGUGAUGGGAAAAUAUGUCACGUUGAAACACAAAUUUUAAAUGAAUUUACUACACGGACUCUGAUUAUCCCAAGAUCUGACAGAAAUGUAAUUAAGAAGGAGGGUACCAAACAAGGAGAGAACCAUGUUAAGCCAAUGAACAGAAAUGCCUCUAGUCUCAAUUCUCAGUUACCAUCAACAGAGCAUUCACUAAUUGGUGAAAACUUUACCUACAGUCCUGCUAUUAUCAAAAAGUUCCUAAAGAACCUAAUGAACAUCUCCUAUUUGUCACUACAAUCAGUUACAACUCCAACGGAUAAUUCGCAGAUGGUUGUUUCCCAUCACAUAACAGAUUUUGAAUAUGCAGAUCAUGUUGUCAGUGCAAAUUCCAGUCUGGAAAAGUCAGAAAUUCCUAUGACCAGCAAUAAUUCAUUAAACUUUAAUCCGCAUGUUUCUAAUGAACUAAAAGAUGUUAUCCACAGUACCAUCCAAACAGAGGCAAGAGGCUACAAUUCUCAAAUUAAUAAUUCUUCCCAAAAUUACACACAAGCUAAGGAUGAGUUUGCAAUAUCAGAUACUACAGCAGUCACUAUUUUGCCGGAAAAGUUUGGAUUAACCAAAACGUCAACUUGUGCUGAUAAGCCUUGCUUUCUUGGUGUUUCCUGUGUGUCGACCACAGAUGACCACUUCAGAUGUGGACGCUGCCCCUUGGGAUAUUAUGGAGAUGGUAUCACUUGCAGAGCCAUUUGUAGACACCCAUGUGGAAAAGGCAGGGAGUGUGUUGCACCAAACACAUGCAAAUGUAAGCCUGGCUAUGCUGGUUCUAACUGCCAAACUGCUGUAUGUCACCCCGCUUGCAGAAACCAUGGAAAAUGUGUUAAGCCUGGCAUUUGUGAAUGUCUUCCAGGAUACGGUGGAGCAACCUGUGAUGAAGCAUUCUGCAACCCACCUUGUCAACAUGGUGGCAUGUGUCUGCCUGGCAAUCUCUGCACUUGUGCAUAUGGCUUUGUAGGACCAAGAUGUGAAACAAUGAUUUGUAACAGACACUGUGAAAAUGGAGGUGAAUGUCUUGCACCAGAUGUUUGCCAGUGCAAGCCUGGCUGGUAUGGACCUACCUGUAACACAGCUUUGUGUGACCCCGUUUGCCUCAAUGGUGGUUCCUGCUACAAACCCAACACUUGCCUCUGUCCACAUGGAUUCUUUGGUGCACAAUGUCAGAAUGCUGUCUGUCACCCUCCCUGUAAGAAUGGUGGCCUCUGCAUGAGAAAUAACGUAUGCAUCUGUCAGGAAGCAUACACUGGUAGGAGGUGCCAAAAAAGCAUCUGUGAUCCUAUGUGCAUGAAUGGAGGAAAAUGCGUGAGACCAAACAUUUGCUCUUGCCCUUCCGGUUGGAGUGGGAAACAGUGCAGCACACGUAAGAAUACUCUUAAAGUGCUAACGGCUAAGUGAAAUGAAGCAGACACAGAAGGUUAAACAUCACAUGCUUUCCCUCAUAU